CUUGUAUCGUUUCGGAUUAUUUCGAUUUCUUAUUUCUAUAAUACACGAUAAAUAUUGUAUAUUUCUUAUUGAUGACAUGUAACUGAAAAUUAAAAAUACAUAAAGAUAUCAGCAAAAUGUUUCACAUAAAAACUAUCCCCCGCUGUAUACUACACAAUAUUUGUAAAUAUCGUUAUUAUACCACCAGCAAGAAUCCUUUUGUUAGGACUUGGGAGACGUUAUCUAAUGAUAUGUUAAAUAAAAAAAGUGCCAUCUAUCCUGAACACGCUGAUGUCGUUAUAAUAGGUGGAGGUUUUAUUGGAUCUUCUGUUGGAUAUUGGUUAAAGACUAGAGCUGGAUCAGGCCUAUCUGUUGUUAUUUUAGAAAAAGACUUAUCUUAUUCCAAAGUUCAAAAUAAUAUUUCACUGGGCACUUUAACCCAACAUUUUUCUUUACCAGAAAAUAUUCAAUUAGCCCAGUAUUCAGCAGAGUUCCUUAGAAAUGUUAAAUUAAAUUUGACUAGUGAUACAAACAUUGAAUACAAACCAAAUGGUCAUUUAAUACUGGCUAGUGAAAAGUAUGCUGAAAGACUGGAAAAAAAUGUAGCCAUACAAAAAGAGUUUGGUGUCAAAAAUGAAUUACUUAUGACUGCUGAUAUUAAAGAGAAAUACCCAUGGAUAAACACAACUGAUGUUAAAUUAGGCUGCAUAAGUAUGGAAUCUGAAGGUGUUUUUAAUCCAGAGGCACUUUUAAAAGGGCUUGUUUUGAAAAGUAGCGAUCUUGGGGUGAAAUAUGUUGAUGCUGAAGUAAUCGGAUUUGAUAUGGUAGAACAGCGAGAUGUUUUAAUGGAAGGAGUGGCCCCAGGAGAUUUUAGGAAAAUAAAUAAAGUUAUGUAUCGGACAAAAGACAAUGAAGAACAUGCAAUUCAAUUUGCUGUUUGCAUCUUAGCAGCUAGCGGUUGGUCAGGGGAAGUUGCAAAAUUAGCACACAUAGGUGUUGGUGAUGGUCUGCUAAAGAUACCUUUACCUGUACAACAACGGGAAUACAACAUAUAUAACAUUCAAGAUGAAAAUACAAAGGCUAGUAUCAAUACACCUGUUAUAAUGGAUACAAGUGGCCUUUGGUUACAACAUAAUACACUUGAAAACAACUUUAUAUGUGGCUACACACCUUUGUCAAGCAAUAGUGUUAAAGAGUUGCUGACUGAAAAGUUCUAUGAAGAGAUAAUUAGGCCUUCAUUAAUCAACAGGUAUCCAAAUUUUCAAGAACACCAGAUUAAAAAGCUACAGACAGAAGUUCAAGAUUGCAAUACUUAUGAUGAAACUGGUAUUUUGGGUCCGCAUCCAUACCACACUAAUUUGGUUAUAGCAGCUGGUUUUGGCAAACUGGGUUGUCAACAUUCCCCUGGAAUAGGAAGGGCAAUAGCAGAAUCCAUAAUUGAUGGUUACUAUUCUAGUAUCGAUCUAACAAGAUUUGGAUUUGAUAGACUGUUAAUUGAUGAGCCUUUAGUUGAAUUUAAUGUUUAUUAGUUGUGCUAUGUAAUG